UCUGUCUUCUUUCUCUUUUUCAUGUGUGUCUCCUAGGUAGUUUUGUUUCUUGACUUUACCUUUUCCCUCUCUUUUCAUCAAAGAUCCUCUUGAUCUUCUUCCUCUUCUAUGGCAGUAUUACCUACAAAUCCAUCCAGCUUGGAAUUGACCAUAUCCAUCCCAGGUUUUGCUUCUUCACCAACCACUUUUCUCCCCUCAUCAACCGUGAAAAAGUUGGACAUGAAUCGAGUAGCCAUAGAAGAAGAAUGGAUGGAAGUAGAAGAUGAAGAAGAAAACAGCCUUAAUGGAGACACUCCUCGCAAAAAACUUCGUCUCACAAAGGAACAGUCCCGUCUCCUUGAAGAAAAAUUCAGAACAAAUCACACUUUAAACCCAAAGCAGAAAGAGAGUUUGGCAAUGCAGCUGAAGCUCCGACCAAGGCAAGUGGAGGUGUGGUUUCAAAACCGUAGGGCCAGGAGCAAGUUGAAGCAAACAGAGAUGGAGUGCGAGUACUUGAAGAGGUGGUUUGGGACUCUGACAGAACAAAACCAAAGGUUACAAAGAGAAGUUGAGGAACUGAGAGCUAUGAAAGUGGGUCCACCCACUGUGUUAUCCCCUCACAGUUGCGACCCACUUCCAGCUUCAACACUAUCUAUGUGUCCCCGAUGUGAGCGUGUCACCACCAACACCGCCGACAAAUUUCUCACCGACGCUGUCACUUUGUCUCCUAAAGUGUCCACGCCUGCCCUGCAUUCGCGUCAAAGUUGAAAUGCCUUACAAAGUUACUUUCUGCACCACUCAUCGUGCAUUAUAUAUUAAUUGAUUAUGUGAAACAGAACAAACAAAAAGCGAAGAAUUCUACGUAAAAAAAAGUCAAUGUCAAUGUUUUAUACUCAA